AUGCUCCCCACGAAGCCCCAGCUAUCUUCCUCUCUGCUCGCAUCCACGCCGCUCUUUAACCCCGCAUCCAAUCCCAACCACGCCAAGCCAAUCGCCGCCUCCCCCUCCCCCCGCCGCCGCCUCCGCAUCUCCGCCGCAUCCACGGCGGUUUCGCCGGGGGCGACGGCGCUCAGCCGCGUCGACGUGCUCUCGGAGGCGCUCCCCUUCAUCCAGCGCUUCAAGGGCAAGACGGUGGUGGUCAAGUACGGCGGCGCCGCGAUGAAGUCCCCCGAGCUGCAGUCCUCCGUGAUCCGCGACCUCGUCCUCCUCUCCUGCGUCGGCCUCCGCCCCAUCCUCGUCCACGGCGGCGGGCCAGAGAUCAACUCCUGGCUGCUCCGCGUCGGCGUCGAGCCGCAGUUCCGCAACGGCCUCCGCGUCACCGACGCGCUCACCAUGGAGGUCGUCGAGAUGGUGCUCGUUGGCAAGGUCAACAAGAAUCUCGUCUCCCUCAUCAACCUCGCCGGAGGCACCGCCGUCGGCCUCUGCGGCAAGGACGCGCGCCUCAUCACCGCGCGCCCCUCCCCCAACGCCGCAGCCCUUGGCUUCGUUGGCGAAGUCGCGCGGGUGGACGCCACUGUCCUCCACCCCAUCAUCGCCUCUGGUCACAUCCCGGUCAUUGCCACCGUUGCUGCCGACGAGACAGGGCAGGCCUACAACAUCAACGCGGAUACGGCGGCAGGUGAGAUUGCCGCUGCGGUGGGCGCCGAGAAAUUGCUACUGCUCACAGAUGUGUCUGGGAUACUGGCGGACCGUAAUGACCCUGGCAGCCUGGUGAAGGAGAUUGACAUCGCUGGGGUGCGGCAGAUGGUAUCCGGUGGGCAGGUUGCUGGUGGAAUGAUCCCAAAGGUGGAGUGCUGCGUGAGAGCCCUCGCCCAGGGUGUGCACACUGCAAGCAUCAUCGAUGGGCGUGUCCCGCACUCGCUGUUGCUCGAGAUUCUCACAGAUGAGGGCACUGGCACAAUGAUCACCGUUCUUGUAAAUUUUAAAGCGCCAGCCCAGGCGCAGAGCUAA